UCCGAUAAAAACAUAAAAACAAAAAUAAAUACUUUGCGUAGUUUAUUGUGUUCAAAGGAAUAUUUUCAUGUUUUUGUUCCAAAAAGAUGUAGUAAAGUCUAUAAUUGGAAGUCUUUUUAAGGAAUUGUACGGGUUUAAAGAUGUUUAGCUGGUGGGGCACGAGUGAAAAGGAACAAAAUGAGGAUAAAGUUGCAGAAAAUACUGAUGAAAAUACAAACCAAGGUGGUUCAGAGAAUGAGGUGACGGGUGAUAGGAAGGUCGAGCAAAAAGACGCCACCGAGACCGCAAAAGAUCUAGCAAAGAAUUUUGGAAGUUUUCUGUACAGUGUUGCUAAUGUUGCCACAAAAACUGCAGUUAAAGUCAAGGACACUGUGAAAGAAAGUGCUGAAGGAAAGGGCAUUCUUGCCGAUUUUAAUAAAGAACAAGAGAAAUUUGUCAGUGAAAAGCACAAUAAAAGAAAAGAAACUGGAGUACCUCCAUGGGUGGGCUAUCAUGAAGAAGAGACAAUGAAAUCCCAAAUCCUUGCUCUAUCCUCUGACGAGAGGAACUUCCUGCGUGACCCUCCAUCAGGAGUUCAGUUUCAUUAUGAAUAUGAGAGCAUGUUUCCUGUAGCCCUAGCCACGCUUGAGGAAGACCCGGAACUGAAGAAAAUGAGGUUUAACUUAGUACCCAAAAAAGUCAAGGAGUCAGCAUUCUGGAGAAAUUACUUUUACCGUGUUUCGCUAAUUAAACAAUCAUCACAACUCACAUCUUUGGCAUCAGGAGCUGAUAAAACUAGCAACUCUGCUGAAAACUUGAAUACAAGCGAACAAUCAAGCACUCAGUCAUCAGAUAAUUCUGAUCUGAAAAAACAGCAGGAAAAAGGACAUAGAUCCAGAACGGAAAACAUUAGUGAAGACCUGGGGGAAAUGACUUUAUCCAGCAGCCCUCCACAGGAUGAGUUUAUAAGUGAUGCUUUUGAGGGAGCACAUGAGCUUAGUAAAGAAGAUCUAGAACAAAUUGGUGUUGACAGACUCAGUGAUAAAAGUGAAAGCAAGAAAACAUCAACUACAUUGAAGCUUGAAGCAAAUUCAAACAGUGAAACCAAACCUAAAACAAAUGAAACUACUGAAAGCAAUAUUCCAGACUGGGAACGGGAAUUACAAGAGGAAUUACAGGAAUAUGAUGUAGUUGUGAAUGAAGAAGAUGAUGAUAAUGAUGAUGGUUCUUGGGAAAAAGAAAUCGAAGACAUGCUUGAAGCUGAGGAAACUUAGCAUUUUAGUGUAAUUGAAUUAUUACUCCUAGAUGUAUUUAGGUUAUUUAUCGUAGCCUGUUCAGGUUUGGGUGAGACUUAAACUUUAGGCAGUGAAGUGUUAGAUUUUGUCAUGUGGAAAGGUAAGGCCCCUGAGGAAGUCUCUCUAUUUUAACUGGAUCUGUUUAAUUGCAAAGAGAAAGUAAAAUGUGUCUUCAAAAUGCAUCAAUCCACAACACAACAUCUGCAUGACAGUUAUUUGCUAUCGCCUAAAAGUAUUUACUUGUGUUUAAUAUUUACUCCAUCUAAUAUAGCAGGCAAUUGCACUGAUCAAGGAGAUACUUAACAGGUAAUAAUCUGUCAGUAAAAUUAGCCAAAGUAGGUCCACUUCGGCAAAUCUACAGAAUAUUUACAGAAUUAAUACAUAGUGGGAUGUAUUUAUUCCUUUGGGGUGAAAUCUCAUUCAGAAUAAAGACUUGGUUGUGGUUGCCAGUUAGUCCAGGGGGGGCUUUUUGGUUAAUCCAGGGGGGAUAAAUGCUGUAAUGAGGACUCAGCUCCUAUAUCAUUGCAUUCCAUUUGUAUAAAAGAAAACCAUAUACAAUUUUUCGCUGUUUAA